AUGGAAUGGACCUUGGCCUUGCUGCUGCUCGUAGGAGCUUCGCUGCUCUAUACCAUCACCGUCGCCGUUUACAGACUCUACUUCAGCCCUUUGGCCAAAUUCCCGGGGUCUAAACUUGCGGCAUUGACAUUAUGGAACGAGGUUUACUGGGACAUCGUCAAGCGCGGAACCUUCAUGUGGCGAAUCGAAGAGAUGCACCGGGAAUAUGGCCCCAUCGUCCGGAUCAACCCGUACGAACUGCACAUCAAAGACCCGGACUUUUACGAAGACCUUUACUCUUCCAGCAGGAAGUCGGACAAGUAUCUGUGGUGGGUCAAAACUGCGGGCUCGGAUGAAAGCUCUUUUUCGACUGUGUCGCACAACCUGCAUCGGCUGCGCCGCGGGGCCCUGAAUCCCUUCUUUUCGGUACGCUCCGUGGUCCAGCUGGAGCCGCUGAUCAAGGAAAAGGCGGAGAAGCUCUCGGCGCGGUUCGACGGGCUCGCCAAGACGGGGGAAAUCGUGCGGUUGGACGCGGCAUUCAUGGCGUUGACGAUGGACAUCAUAUGCGACUACUCUUUCGCCCACGACCGCAAGUACUUGGACGAGCCGGACUUCAAGCUUCUGUGGAAGGAGACGGUCAUUGGGGCCUUUGAGGGCGGCGCAGCUAGUCGGCAGUUCCCAUGGAUGCUCCCGCUUAUGAGGCAGCUCCCGCUUUCCUGGGUGUCGGCGAUAAAGCCCUCCGUCGGCCAUCUCUUUGGGUGGCAUGAAGGGGUCAAGCAACAAGUCAAGCCUAUCUUGGAGCGCACAGACGAUAUCUCGAUGUCGAGGUCAUCGCGAAGAACCAUCUUUCAUACGCUGCGCGACAGCGACCUGCCUCCGGAAGAAAAGUCGCUCGAGCGGCUUUGCGACGAAGCCGAAAUUUUGACGGGCGCGGGUUCCGACACAACGGCGCAGGCGCUCUCGAGAAUAUUCUUUUAUCUGAAGCAUGUCCCCGAAGUGCUGCAAAAACUCCAAGCGGAACUGGAUGCGGCGAUGCCAAGCGCCGUCGACAUCCUCCCCUGGACCGAGCUGCAGAAUCUCCCGUAUCUUACUGCCGUUAUCCGAGAGGGCUUGAGGCUCUCAUAUGGGGUCACAACUCGACUGCCCCGGGUCGCUCACCAUGAUAUCGAGUACAAGGGAUAUAGGAUACCUGCUGGGACGCCGGUUUCCCAGUCUUGCUACUUCGUUCUUAUGGACCCGUCCGUGUUCCCCGAGCCUCAAACGUUCCGACCAGAACGCUGGAUCGAGGCGGAGGAGCAGAACAAGCGGCUCGAUAGAUACCUCGUGUCUUUUGGCAAAGGCAGCCGGCAAUGCCUUGGAAUCAACUUGGCAUACGCGGAGCUGUACAUCACAAUUGCCACCAUUGUCCGGCGCUUCGAGUGGGAAAUGUUCGAGACCACGACCGACGACGUCGUCUGCAAGCGCGACUUCUUCGUCGCAGUCGCCGAUUUGGAGAGCAAAGGCAUCCGGGCCAAGAUCCUACCCCGAGCGAACGGCAAAGCGGCAUGA